AUGGCUCCGGCAGAGGAGAAUAAUAAUAACUUCCUCGGGGAUCCCAGGCCCGACGAAAAACUGAAUUAUGAGGACGAUAUAAAAUGCAGCGGAUCUAGUUCGACGACAGUGGGGAAGGCUACUUAUGAUACGGAUGAUAUCACACACUCGCAGGCUGCAGAGCUGCAAGAUCUAGCCCGUCAACUCUCCAGGGUCUCUCGGCAAGGCGGUCCAGAUGUCGAGAAGGAACACCAGCAGGUCAUCAAUCCUUUCUUAGACCCAGAAGCAGACCCCCAGCUUAAUCCGGACGACAAAGGCUUCAAUGUAGCCAAGUGGCUCAAGACUAUUCUCCAGAUCACUUCGAGGGAUCCAGAGCGGUAUCCCAAGCGUACGGCCGGUGUUUCAUUCCGGAAUAUGAAUGUUUAUGGCUAUGGGACCGCAGCAGAUUAUCAGAGUGAUGUCGGUAAUCUACCACUCAAGGCAUGGAGUGGUAUCAUGAGCCUACUCGGGCUCCGGAAGAAGGUCCGUAUCGAUAUCUUAAAGGAUUUUGAAGGUUUGGUCAAGAGUGGUGAAAUGCUUAUCGUCUUAGGCCGUCCUGGAAGUGGAUGUUCGACACUUCUCCGUACUCUAUCAGGUGAGACUCAUGGUCUCUAUCUGGACGAAGGCAAUGAUAUCCAGUAUCAAGGUAUCUCGUGGAAGCAGAUGCACAAGAACUUCCGAGGAGAAGUCAUCUACCAGGCUGAAACCGAAACGCAUUUCCCCCAGAUGACAGUCGGAGACACCCUUUACUUCGCAGCGCGCGCCAGAGCCCCAGCUAACAGAUUGCCCGGCGUCUCUCGCGAGCAAUACGCAAUCCAUAUGCGCAGCAUGGUCAUGUCCAUGCUCAGUUUGUCGCAUACCAUCAACACUCAGGUUGGAAACGAGUAUAUUCGUGGCGUCUCUGGAGGUGAGAGGAAGCGUAUCAGCAUUGCAGAGACGACACUUAGUGGAAGUCCCUUGCAGUGCUGGGAUAACAGUACCCGUGGACUUGACAGUGCCAACGCCCUAGAGUUUGUGAAAUCUCUUCGUCUCUCUACCAAGUAUUCUGGAACGACUGCCGUUGUUGCCAUCUAUCAGGCCGGUCAAGCAAUCUAUGAUAUCUUCGACAAGGCCGUUGUGUUGUACGAGGGACACCAGAUCUAUUUUGGAAACGCUGUUCGAGCCAAAGAGUAUUUCAUUGAGAUGGGCUUCGAAUGCCCCAGCCGACAGACUACUGCUGAUUUUCUGACAUCGGUAACCAGCCCGUCAGAGAGAAGAAUCCGACCUGGCUUUGAGUCUCGUGUGCCCCAGACACCCGCUGAAUUUGCACAGCGGUGGAAGGAAAGUGAGGAUAGACGGACUCUUUUGCAGGAGAUUGACGAAUACAACAAGGCCUAUCCCCUACAUGGCGAGCAGCUACAGAUAUUCCAGGCCUCUCGAUCCGCUGAAAAGUCCAAGACAGCCAGCAAACACUCUCCAUACACUCUCUCCUACCCCAUGGAGAUCAAGCUCUGCAUGUGGCGAGGAUUCCAGAGGCUAAAGGGGGAUAUGUCCAUGACCUUGACCUCUAUCAUCGGAAAUAUUAUCAUGUCCUUGAUCAUUGCCAGUGUUUUCUAUAACCAGCAAGCAACCACCGACAGUUUCUUCUCUCGCGGAUCCUUGCUCUUCUUCGCCAUUCUUAUGAACGCAUUCGCCAGUUCCCUGGAGAUUCUGACUCUCUGGCAUCAACGUCCAAUCGUGGAAAAACAUUACAUCAACCCAAUUCAGUACGCUUUUGAGUCUCUUAUGAUCAACGAGUUCCAUAACCGCGAAUUUGAUUGUGCUUCUUAUAUACCCAGUGGGCCUGCAUAUGCCAACGUUAGCGGCUCGUCUAAAAUAUGCGCAGCUAAGGGCGCUAUGGCUGGAAAGACAACAGUCAGCGGUGAUAUCUUCCUCAGAGAAACUUAUUCUUAUCAAGCUUCCCACAUGUGGAGAAAUUAUGGCAUCAUCAUUGCUUUCCUCCUUUUCUUCCUUGUCGUCCACAUUGUAGCCACAGAGCUUGUCAGCGCUAAGCCUUCGAAGGGAGAAAUUCUUGUCUUCCCCAAGGGCAAGGUGCCUGCCUUCUUAAAGCAGUCCAAGAAAUCUGAUGAUCCUGAAGCCGCAUCUACACAGGAAAAGAAAUCAGUAGAAAGCUCUGGCCAUGACCAGACAGCCGCCAUCGUUAAGCAAACAUCCAUCUUCCACUGGGAGAGCGUCUGUUAUGAUAUCAAGAUUAAGAAAGAAACAAGGCGUAUCCUGAACAAUGUUGAUGGUUGGGUCAAGCCCGGAACUCUGACUGCAUUGAUGGGUGUCUCUGGAGCCGGAAAGACGACACUCUUGGACGUCCUUGCAAACCGUGUUACCAUGGGUGUUGUUACUGGAGAAAUGUUGGUUGAUGGACGACUACGUGAUGACUCCUUCCAGCGUAAGACUGGUUAUGUUCAACAGCAGGACCUUCACUUGGAAAUCAGUACCGUUAGAGAAGCGCUGCAAUUCAGUGCCCUGCUCCGUCAGCCCAACACUACCCCCCGUGAAGAGAAAAUCGCCUAUGUCGAAGAGGUCAUCAAGAUGCUGGGAAUGGAAGAAUAUGCCAACGCUGUCGUCGGUGUCUUAGGUGAGGGCCUUAACGUCGAACAACGAAAACGCCUUACCAUUGGUGUCGAAAUCGCUGCUAAACCUGACCUUUUACUUUUCUUCGAUGAACCAACCUCUGGACUCGACAGUCAAACAGCCUGGUCGAUCUGUACCCUGAUGAGAAAGCUAGCUGAUCACGGACAAGCAGUCUUGUGUACGAUCCAUCAACCCUCUGCUAUGUUGAUGCAGGAGUUCGAUCGACUGCUAUUCCUGGCUUCUGGCGGACGAACCGUUUACUUUGGUGAACUUGGAAAACAUAUGACUACCCUUAUUGAAUACUUUGAAAGUAAGGGGGCUCCGAAGUGCCCUCCAGACGCAAAUCCUGCCGAAUGGAUGUUGGAAGUCAUCGGUGCUGCCCCCGGUUCAAAGACCGAUAUAGAUUGGCCUGCCGUCUGGAGGGACAGUGAAGAACGUGUCGAAGUCCGUCGUCAUCUUGCUGAAUUAAAGGCAGAACUCUCUCAGAAGCCUCAAGCUCCUCGAUUGGCUGGAUAUGGUGAAUUCGCUAUGCCUCUGUGGAAGCAAUACCUCAUCGUUCAACGCCGUACGUUCCAGCAAUACUGGCGUAGUCCAGAUUACAUCUACUCGAAAGCCUGUCUUGCUAUUGUUCCGACUCUAUUCAUUGGUUUUACCUUCUACAAAGAACAAAUUAGUUUACAAGGUAUCCAGAACCAAAUCUCAACGUUCAGUUCUAUGGUUAUUGCCGGUAUUGAACAAGCAGAAACAGGUGGAAAUAUUGCCCAGCUUUGCUUCUCUCUCACCCUCGUUUUCUGUGGUGUUCUCGUCAGUCCCACCGCCAUGCCCGGAUUCUGGAUCUUCAUGUACCGCCUAUCUCCAUUCACCUAUUUCGUUUCCGCCGUGCUAUCUACCGGCGUUGGAAGGACAGAUAUUGUGUGCGCAGCCAACGAGGUUCUCCGUCUUGCCCCCGCAGCAGGACAAACAUGCAAGGAGUACCUGACCCCUUAUACGACGUAUGCUGGAGGCCGAAUUCUCAACCCCGAGGCUACCGACAUGUGCGAAUUUUGCGCAGUUGCCGAUACAGAUACGUUCUUGAAGGGAUUGAACAUCAUCUUCGACGAGCGCUGGAGAAAUAUCGGUAUCUUGUUCGGAUACAUUGCUUUCAACAUGAUUGGCGCCAUUGGCCUGUACUGGCUUCUCCGUGUCCCGAAGAAGAAAUCAGGAGUGAAGCAAGGACAGGAGCCGAAGCAAGAGGCCGGAGCAAAGGCUUGA